AUGGGUGGGAAGAGACAGGAUGACGGGGAAUCUGAAGCAGUCAAGAAUGGAGGUGGUGAUGCAAUUGAUCCCAGUCGAGUACUUCUAGCUCCCAUGGUCCGAGGAUCAGAGCUAGCUUUUCGGCAGUUGGUUCGGCAGUACGGAGUCACUGUUUGUUACAGUCCCAUGCUGCGAGCGGCAGAAAUCAUCAAGGCGUAUGACUAUUACAAAAGCAAAACAAGCAAGAAACGUCAAGAUAUUGACAAAGAAGAAGACCAAGAAGAAGAAGUUGUUCUCCAUGAAGAUGGCUGGUUGUUACUAAAUGACAUUCUGGUAGAUCCACAUCCAGUGGUGGUACAGCUCUGUGGCAAUUCUCCCUCCAACCUGCAACAAGCCACACAAGUUCUACUCGAACUCAACCAACACCAUGGUUGUCAAAUAGUGGGGAUUGACUUGAACUUGGGUUGUCCACAAGACUGUGCGAAACGAGGGGGUUUUGGAGCCUUUUUGGCCGAGGACAAUCCACAGAAAGCAUGUGAAUGUGUCAGCGCCAUGAGAGAAACAAUACAACAAUAUACUUCUACUACAUGCAAUACUACUAGACCCAGACUCUCUUGUAAAAUUCGACUCCAACAAGACUCUGUCCAAACCGUGCAGUUGGCACAAUCACUGGCACACGCGGGGUGUCAAUUGCUGACCAUUCACUGCCGCCAACGGACCGACAAGCACGACGGGAUACCCAAUCUGCAAGUGGCUCGUGAUGUGGUACACGCCCUAAAGGAGGAUAGUAUUAGUAUGCCCAUUGUCUUGAAUGGCUGGCACUGGAAAGAUGUACCGCAUGCCUUGGCAUCCACUGGAGCGUACGGGGUCAUGUUGGCACGCGACUUUUUGAGAAAUCCACGGCUCCUGCAGCCACAACAACAUGCCAACAAUUACUAUCCUGGUCAAUUGGCCGCCGAGUACUUGGAAUUUGCAAAGCGGCAUCCACCACCGUCGCCCCUGUACAUGAAGUUGCAUCUACGAUGGAUCUUUCGUGCGGCUCUGGAACCACGCGACAAAACAAUACACCCCGCAAUCCUCUAUGCCAAUAACAACUGGAAACCACGUCUAUGGACCUUCUUGGCACGACCCUAUCUUACCUGUCUCGAACAGUUUCGACAAGUCGUCUUUUUGUACUUUUAUCAUUCCUGGCAUGAUGACAAUGAAACGAAAGAGGACGACCAAACCUUGUUGCAAGCGGCAGUUCCUGUGUCACUUCAGGAUUUGGCUAUACAGCAUGAACAGCAACAACCCAUCACAUUUCGUACUAUUCGGUACCACUACAACCGUUAA